UCAACAAAUUUUACUAACGUAGCGGGACUAAAAAAAAAUUAGCCUAUUUUUUCGAGAUCAGGGGCUCUAUCAUCCCCGUUCCGCCGCUGAAUCUAUGCUUAAUAUCUAUUAUGCUAGAGCCCAGAAGGCGGCACUUUCAAAAUCUCUGUAAUCCAAUCAUAAACAUCUCUUUCCCUCCAUCUGUGUGUAUAUAUACUGCCUAAAACAUUUCUUGUAGUAAUAUCUUGAAAUGCUCCUUCAGACCAGAACAAUUCUAAAGAGACUCACAGUUGCUCAACAUUUAGCAUUCACUAGUUUCACUCAUCCUUGUUUAUUCCAUUCAUCAUCAACUACUCAUCACCCAGCUUUAAAUUACUCAAAUCUUGAUUACUCUUCUAUCCUCCAAUCUUGUAUCAAACACAAAGCAAUUGAGCCUGGUAGGCAGCUUCAUGCCCGCAUUUGCCUCAUCGGGCUUGGAUACGAUACUAAAUUAGCUACCAAACUUGUUCACUUUUAUUGUUCCUGUGAUUUCUUAAGGAAUGCACGCAACUUGUUUGAUAGAAUUCCCAAAGGAAAUAUUUUUCUUUGGAAUGUGUUGAUUCGCGGGUAUGCUUGGAAUGGCCCUUAUCAGGCUGCUAUCUCUCUUUAUUACCAAAUGGUUGAUUUUGGGCUUGUGCCUGAUAAUUUUACGUACCCGUUUGUUCUCAAGGCGUGUGCAGCCCUUUCGGAUAUUAAAGUUGGGAGGGAUAUUCAUGAGAAUGCUAUACGAAGUGGGUGGGAGAAGGAUUUUUUUGUGGGAGCUGCGUUGAUUGAUAUGUAUGCGAAAUGUGGGUAUGUAGACUGUUCUCGCAGAGUGUUUGAUAAUGUUGUAGUUAGGGAUGUUGUGUUAUGGAAUUCAAUGUUAGCGGCUUACUCACAGAAUGGGCAUGCGGAAGAGUGUUUGACUUUAUGUGGUGAGAUGGCAUUGGUGUGUUUGAGGCCUACUGAUGCAACCCUUGUGACUUCUAUCUCAGCAGCUGCUGAUAUAGCUGCCUUGCCAAAAGGGAGGGAGCUUCAUGGUUUUAGCUGGAGACAAGGGUAUGAAUCCCAGGAUAAAGUUAAUACUGCAUUGGUAGAUAUGUAUGCGAAGAGUGGUUCUUUGAUGGUUGCACACAAUUUGUUUGAACGCUUGAAGGAGAAAAGGAUUGUUUCUUGGAAUGCUAUGAUUACUGGGUAUGCAAUGCAUGGUCAUGCUAAUGAGGCUCUUCAUUUGUUCGAGCAGAUGGUCCAGGUGGCUCGACCGGAUCACAUUACUUUUGUUGGUGUUUUAUCAGCUUGCAACCGUGGAGGUUUUUUGAAUGAAGGGAGAAACUUUUUUGAAUCAAUGAUGAAAGAUUACCAUAUAGAACCAACUAUUCAACAUUAUACAUGCAUGAUUGAUCUCCUUGGGCACUGUGGUCGACUGGACGAGGCUUAUAAUCUCAUCACAGAAAUGAGAAUGUUACCAGAUUCUGGUGUUUGGGGUGCAUUACUCAAUUCAUCGAAAAUACAUGGAAAUAUGGAAAUGGGGGAACUUGCACUGGAGCGACUGAUUGAGCUUGAACCAGAUGACUCGGGCAACUACGUAAUUUUGUCAAAUAUGUAUGCUCAAGCAGGUAAGUGGGAAGGAGUUGCAAAGCUUCGAAAACUAAUGACAGACAGGGGGCUAAAGAAAAGCAUUGCUUGCAGUUGGAUUGAGGUGAAAAAUAAAGUACAUGCAUUUCUUUCUGGAGAUACUUCGCAUCCAAUGGCGGAUGAGAUAUAUGCAGAGUUAGAAAGGGUGGGAACACUAAUGGCUGAAGCCGGGUAUGUGCCAAACACCGUACCUGUUUUUCAUGAUGUGGAUGAUGAUGAGAAGAGAAGAAUGAUCUGUAGUCACAGUGAAAGGCUUGCAAUUGCAUUUGGUCUCAUUAGUACAUCUCCUGGAUCGAAGCUUUUAAUAACCAAAAAUCUACGCGUAUGUGAAGAUUGCCAUGUGGCUAUUAAGUUCAUUUCAAAAAUUUCUGAAAGGGAAAUCAUUAUCAGAGACGUUAAUCGAUAUCAUCAUUUCAAAGAUGGAAUUUGUUCCUGUGGUGAUUAUUGGUAAAUUGUGUUACGAAAAAAAAAAAAUCCUCUGAUCAUAAGAUGCAACAAAUUGGUAGGUACUAGGUACCCAGGAGACUAUCACAAGAAUCAAAUGGAUAUAUAGCAUAUGCUGAUUUUUAUGGUUCAACAUUUGUAGUUACAAUCCUGAGCAAGGUGGAGGGCGUAUCCAAUAAGUUGGGCUGACAACUUAAUCGUCAAACCCCGGAUGUGAUAGAAUUUCUGAAUGUGUGAUUCAGUUCCAUAGAACUAGAGUGGUGCUAUUAUUUUGAUUUUUGGCUACGCUGUGUUCCUUGUGAUGUAUAUCUCAUAACCUCUAGUUGCAUACCAGAAACAAAUGAAUAUUUUUUUGCCAAGUAAAAACACAACUCUUUAAGUUGUGAGCGCUGA